UCAGCUCAUAUAAAGUAUGUGAAGUUUUGUUUGGAAAGAUCGUUUGAGCAUAAACUCUUGAGAUCAAUAUUUGGUUUUAGUAUUCAGCUAUUAUGAUAAGAUUAUGAUUAAAUUAAAGGUCAGUAGUAGAUAGUUCGGAAUUUAUUUUCUAAAGGGAAUUAGCAGGAAUAUUGAGCAAUUCACAUGCUUAAAAAAACGGACGAUGGACGGGAUCUUAGAAAACAAGAUGACAUAUUUAUGGGUAAUUCAUGAAUAUCUUUCAGAUCAAAUCUUUCUUUACAUUAAAAGGAAAUUGUAAAAUGUGGAUAUUCAACAACUAGAAAAUGUUAGAAUUAGACAAAGAUUCAAUAUCUGAUGGGUAUGAAAUAAAACUGCUGGAAAGUUUCUCUUUGAACAUACCUUCUCUACAACAUGAUUGUAUGAAAUCUGAAAUUGAAAUCAAAAGUAAUCUUAAUGGAGGUUUGCCCACAUUUGACUGCUUGUUACCAAGCAUAGAUUUGCAUCACCCAGAUGAACACUGUGACCAUACAUAUAGCAUCACAUCUUCUCAUUCUUAUAGACAGAGCCAGCAUAAUGCUGCAUGUCUCAUUUCUUGUUGCCAAGAAGCAAAAACAAAUUCAGCAUCAAUUGUUAAGACUGGAAAGCUAAAAAUGAAAAUUGUAAAUAAUAUCCCUGACCCAUCAGUUCCUAAAAACCUGUUAGAACCAGAAAAAAUCCAGUCAAAAGUGGGGAAGAGAUCUAGUAAAUGUAAAGACAAAUCCAUGAUAUUAACUUUCAAUAAUUACAGAAACACUAGGAGUAGAAAAAAACCUGAAAUUGUUCAUGUUAUUCAGCCUACUGAUUUCUGUGUUCACUGCCAUCAAGAAUUGUAUCCUAAUAGUAUGAAAUCCAGUGUCUUCUGUCUAAAAACUGGAAAUGUUUUGAUCACAUGUUUUAACUGUUCUACAACCAUGAGUGUAAAAGGUGCAUUUAAGCUUCCUAAAUAUCUAUGAACAUGGCGAAAAUAGGAUUUUUUGAUCCUGAACAUUUUAAAUCUUUGCUUCCCAAUUUUGAAUUUGUUUGCAUUAAAAUUUAAAACCCAUCGAAAUUUGAA